AUGGCCAAGAUCGCUAUCGUUUUCUACUCCAUGUACGGCCAUAUCGCCAAGCUGGCCGAGGCUGAGAAGAAGGGCAUUGAGGCUGCUGGCGGCAAGGUUGAUGUCUAUCAGAUUGCCGAAACCCUCCCUCAAGAGGUCCUGACCAAGAUGCACGCUCCUCCCAAAGGCGACUACCCAAUUGCCACCCCUGAGACUCUUCUUGAGUACGACGCCAUUCUCUUUGGCAUUCCCACCCGUUAUGGCAACUUCCCCGCUCAGUGGAAGGCCUUCUGGGACCGCACCGGCGGUAUCUGGGCAAGUGGUGGUUACUGGGGCAAGUACGCCGGUCUGUUCAUCUCCACUGCCAGCCCUGGUGGUGGCCAGGAGUCGACUGCCCUUUCUUCCAUGAGUACCUUGGCCCACCAUGGCUUUUCCUAUGUUCCUCUCGGCUACAAGCAGACUUUCGCCCAGCUUACCAACCUUUCCGAGGUCCAUGGUGGCAGCCCAUGGGGUGCUGGUACUUUUGCCGGUGCCGAUGGCAGCCGCCAGCCCACUGCUCUCGAACUUGAAAUCGCCGAGAUCCAGGGCAAGUCCUUCUACGAGCGCGUCUCCAAGGUCUCCUUCGCCUGA